GUUGAUUAAAAGCGUAACGGAAAUCGUGAUUAAGUUGGCGUGAGUCACGCACCUGCCACGCACCACGCUAGUUGCCCAUCUCUAGCUGCUGCCCCCGAAAGUCGAAAACGCGUAAAGUUUUCGAAUAAAAUGCAGAGAUUAGCCGAUUAGGCGGCGCGCGGGCUCGUAACCAAACGUUUUCAAGUAUUAAACUACCGUUUAAGAAACACAUCAACUUAGUGAAAUAGUUUAAGUAACAGCACGAACACCGUUAUCGCCGCUUUUCCGCUUUUCCUCGCUGCCAAAUUGCGCUGCAUGUCCAUUUUUGGUGAAGAAUUUCUCGCCAAAAAUCUUGCCCUUGGCCAGACGCAAUGAGCGAUGAGAUUUAACUGGCUGAGCGAGUACGUGGCCAGCAUAUCAAGCAGCAUUGCAUCAAUAUCCCCGUGGCGCCAACUGCAGCAGCAGGUGCAGCAGCUCGUCCCCAAUCCGCAGGCCAUCUACUGCCGUAUCAGGUCAUCAUCCGCCGAAGCACUGGAGCACGUACUGAUCGCCUGUGCGGUGUACUUGCUAGUAUGCCUGGGCCUCUACAAGCUCACCUUCUGGCUCUCGGGAUCCGGAUCGGGAUUAGACGCCCACCACACCGACGACAACAGCAAUGCCGGGUCGGGCGAGGGGGAAGAGCUGAACCCAAGUCCGGAUGGCAAUCGGAGUCCUGGCGGCCUAAAGCAGGCCCUGCAGUCUGGACUACGGCUGCGUAGCGUCCGGCUGCCCAAAACGGCGUACAUGGAGCGCGUCCUACUGAUCACCGCCCAUCCGGAUGACGAGUGCAUGUUCUUUGGACCGCUGAUCUACUCGCUGACGCAGCGCCAAGGCUGCCAGGUGUACAUACUCUGUUUGUCCAACGGCAACUUCGAGCACAAGGCAAAGGUGAGGCGUCAGGAACUGUGGCGCUCUUGCUCCAAACUGGGUAUUCCCGAGUCCAACAUCGUGCUGAUGAAUGCCACCAACCUGCCGGACGACCCCUAUGUGGACUGGCGCCCAGAUGCGGUCGCCAGUUUGAUACUGCACACGAUCGAAAGCCUCGACAUCCAGGCGAUAUUCACUUUUGAUCGGGAUGGCGUCAGCUCGCAUCCGAACCAUUGUGCCGUGUAUUACGCGGCCGCCUCGCUCUGUUUGGCCAACCUUUUGCCCAAAGAUUGCAAAUUUUACACCUUGGACUCGAUCAAUGUGGUCAGAAAAUAUCUAUCCAUCUUGGACCUGCUGUGCACGUGCUUUAUGUCUACGCACUGGUGCAUUCUGAAUUGGAAAGAAGCUGCUAUUGUCAGGAGUGCGAUGAAGGAGCAUCACUCGCAGAUGCGAUGGUUUCGCUGGCUCUACAUUUACUUUUCGCGCUACAUGUUCAUUAAUUCGAUGCGUCAGAUAAAUCUCUCGGAUGUGGAAUUGGAAAUGCAGAUACAUGACAAUUAACAGAAGAGGAAGCAGUUGAAUAGCUAAAGACAAACUACCUUCAUGAUCGGAUGCUCCGGGUGGCAGAGCGAGUGGUUUUUAUUUUAGACUCUGACGAUUCUACUAGUAUAUAUGUAUGUAACUACUACUGUUGGCCAAACGAUCAAUAGUAACUGGAAAGCUAUAUCCAAAACCAACAAGGGAACAAAGAAUCAGUAAAGCGGCAGUACCAUAGGCAACCGAAACCACAAAACAGUCCAUUAAUUAGUUCCACACUCACAUAUGAAAUGGCAUAUCUUUAAUUCUUAUUAGUUAGCUCUAAUUAUUAUUUAUACUCAGUCCAAGCAAUGUUCCAAAGUGUGCGAUUUAGUCAAAUGCUUAAAAAUUAAACAUGUAUGCGUUAUUGUAAUUGUUGUUAGCUUAUGUUUUCAUUUUUAUUUUGUGUAUAUUGAUUCCCCCGUAGCAUACACACCUUUAGUGAGUCACUUUCGUUCUUGUAAAAUUGUAAAAUAGUUUGUUGUAAGCAGCGAAGUACAAUAAUAAUUUUAUAAAAUAUAUUUACAUAAAUAUAUGAAUGAAUGUAUGUAUA